UAUGUUUUGGUCUGCAAAAUCUUACAUUUGUACUGAAAAUGUCCCACUUUGGGCAUUUGAAAAGGUGGCAACCCUACCCAAUACUGUUGCGCUGUAUCCCACCCUUGUAUUACGUCACUAAUACGCCUGCGUACUUUUUGCAGCGGCCAUAUAUACGAAGUGAAAGUUUUCUAACUAGAGGAGAUGGGAUUGUAGGCGUCAUAGAUAUUCAAAUCGGGCAAUUACUGCUGAUUACAGUGUUAUACUUUGCAAGAAGUGCUGAACUAGCUGGCGUGCGCAAUGAACAGAUUACUGUACCACAGCAAGUAACAUCAUUGCAACUUUGGGAAGAAAUUGUUGCCAGACAUUCAAGUCUCGUUGCCAUACGUGACCACAUCAUUCUUGCGGUUAAUCAAGAAUACAUCAGCGUGGGUGAUCAGCUUGUCCUCCAGCCAGGACACGAGGUCGCCGUUAUCCCCCCCAUCAGUGGAGGUUAGGUCUUGGCAGAUAUAUUCAGGAAUAACACGAAAUUACUUUGAAGAUAAAAAAGUGGUUUCUUUAGAAUAUGAAGCAUACACUGCCAUGG